UUUUAGUCAGUGCGUAUAAAUGACACUACUACGAAUGUUCGAAUAACUCGGGUAGCUUUUUAAACCCGGGGACAUUUUCAAAACCUCAUGUGAUCGUGCACGCACUGACUAAACAUUUGUCAUGUAAUCGUUUCAACCACUGAGGUUUCAAACAGGCCUGAAGUUAAAAACAAAGUGGUAAAAAGAUCAUCAGCCGUGACUAAUUACCCGACGAGGAAAUUAGUCACGAUUGAUAAUCAUUUUGGUCAAGAUUUUUUAACCAUAGAAUCGUGACCAAGAUACGGUUGCUAGUUUGAUACAAUUGCUUCUUCGCCGCAUGUUGCUUAUGCUACAUUUCAUAUUGAGAAACAACGAAUGAAUGAAACGUAUUGAUAUAGGAAAUCCAUAAGACAGAAAUGUAUCAGAGUUUCAUCUGCAUAGUGGUAGUAAUUAGUAACUGUUAAUAACCCUUCGUUAAUGCUGUUGUUUUGCCACUGUUAUUGUUUUCACAGAGACAACAAACAUUCAUGAGGCCGAUGAGUCAUCAUAGUAAUAGUUUAUAAAAAGGUGUGAUGAUUCAAAGCAUUUUCUUUCACUUCUCGUUCGCGACACCACAGUUUACAACACUUCAAGACUCUUUUUAACGAUGGCCGAUCAAGAUCUUUGCAUUCGCUGCAAGAACUCCGUCCGAGCAAGACAAGAAGGCAUUCAAUGCGAUGGAUGUGACCGAUGGCAGCACAGAACGUGCGACACCGGGAUAUCCCAACAGCGGUACAGGAGCGCUGUCAGGAAUGGACAGGAUAUCGACUGGCGUUGUGAUGAUUGCCUCAACAUGAGCGCUGGAUUUCUUUUGCCACUUGCCGAAAGCUCGAGAAUUCCCCAUGGUAGUACAGUGGUAGGCGUUGGUGCUUCUCAAGCUUCUAUUCAACCUACCAUCAUACCUUCUUCAACUGUUGAUAGUGAACUCGUUGAUAGUGAAAUGGUUGACCUGAUAGUGAACUUGGGCAAUGAUUCCUCAACUCCACCAUCCUCACGCGAAAGUUCGGCACAAAAUGAAGAUUUUGGCAGUUACGAAAUUCCACCCACAGUUCAGGAAGAGUCAAUUAGAGAUGGCGCUCCAGGCAACAUUGUUCCUGAGGACACCAUCCGUGUCAUCGAGUAUGAGAAAAUCGAGUCCUCUACGCAACGCGGUAAAUGUAAGUUGGUGGACAACCUUGGACAUUCGUACACGGUUAAACGCAAGUAUGGCGAGGACAACAUUGUCUGGCGUUGUACUGUCCGCAACAAGACAACGAAUUGUCUGGCCACUGUGAGGCAGCAUGGCACAGACUUUAGUCCAGGUGUGCAGGUCCAUUCACAUCAACCGUCCAGUGGCAUAGGUACAGCAGCAAAGAUAAUCAGUGAGGUGAAAGCCAAAGCCAUGGAAGACUUCUUUCGAUCUGCAGGAGCUAUCGCCGAUGAAGUUCUGGUUGCCCAUUUCACAGAUGCCCCGUGCGCUGCUGUUCCUAAGGUUUGUAAUCUCGCUAGGCAAGCAAACCGGAAAAGACAGAAGACAAGACCACAGGAGCCCACUGAUCUGGAGUUUGAGGUUGACGAACGCCACAUACCAGAUGAUUUCCUGCAGGCAGACGUGAAGGUUGGAGGUCGGCGCCACCUCAUAUUCAGCACCCCAGAAAUGAUCGCCCUACUAAAGCAAGCAAAGGUUUGGUACAUGGAUGCCACUUUCAAAGUUGUGAAAGAUCCAUUCAAGCAGCUAUUCUCAAUUCAUGCCUUUGUGAGACAAAACAGUGACGUGAAGCAGAUACCGUUGGCAUUUAUCUUAAUGUCUGGCAAAAAAAGGCGAGACUACAAGCACGUGUUGAAGGCCAUCAAGAACCUCCUUGCUGAUGGUCUCUGCUUGAAAGGCGUUGUCAUCGACUUCGAGCAUGCGUUAUGGCAGGCAGUGGCAAAGGUGUUCCCAGGUGCAUCAGUUCAAGGCUGUGUGUUCCAUUGGACCCAAGCAAUUUGGCGGAAAGUACAAGGGUUGGGCCUGACCACAGCAUACAACGAGGACGACUCAACCCAUAAAUACAUUAGACGGUUGAUGGCCUUGCCAUUUUUGCCCCACGAGCACAUUAGCCAGAUGUUUGAGCAGCUGAAGGCUUUGGCAACCACACCUGUCCUCCAAGCCCUGGUCGCGUACAUCAGUGAUACCUGGAUCAAUUCCACAGUUUGGUCUCCGGAGAAUUGGAGCAUAUUCAAAAAAAGUGUUAGAACCAACAAUGAUGUUGAGGGUUGGCACCAUCGUUUAAACCACAACGCAAGGCGUGGAUCCCUGCCCUUCUACUUGCUGGUUGACCUGUUACAUCGCGAAUCUCGUCUGGUGUCCGUACAGGUUCGUCUAGUUUCUGACAACAAAUUGAAACGUCAACAACGGCGCAAAUACAGAAAACUACAAGGCAGAAUAUUUGAACAUUGGGACAAAUUCAUUGCUGGUGAAAUGACCAGCAAACAACUGUUGCAUGCUUGUGCCCAUGUCAAUGGCCCUUGCACCCAGUGA